CAAUCACCGAACAAAGAGUAUCUGCUAGGCCGUCAGCAGGGCAAGCCAGCGGAGAGCUGAGCUCUCCGAUUGGGAGCCUUCCGCCUGUGCUGAACUUCAAGGCAAGCGAAUCUGGCUACUGGCCCAGGCCGGAGGGGCUGUUUGUGUCCGUCUGCGGCCAGAUAUGUCUUUGCUGUACGGGGGUUUCCCCCGUGGAGCUGUAGCCGCAGCCUCGGGGAACCUGAAAAAGUUGGCGGUGUUGGGAAGGCCGCCGGUGUUUGGAAGCAAUGAGUGCAACCAAUCCAGAGCAUCAAGUUCAUUACCAGAAGAACAGAAGGCAUGUUUGCAAAAUGGGCCUGAUUUACAAGACUUUGUUUCUGGGGAACUUUCAGACAGAACCAAGUGGGCAGAAUAUAAAGGCAAUUUAAAGCGCCAGAAAAAUGAAAGGCUACGACUUCCACCAUGGCUGAAAACUCAGAUCCCAGCUGGAAAAAACUAUAACAAAUUGAAGAAUACAUUGCGAAACUUAAACCUACAUACGGUAUGUGAGGAAGCACGUUGUCCAAACAUUGGAGAAUGCUGGGGUGGGGGCGAGUAUGCUACUGCCACGGCAACUAUAAUGCUAAUGGGUGACACAUGUACAAGAGGAUGUCGAUUUUGCUCAGUAAAGACGGCAAAAACCCCACCUCCAUUAGAUCCUGAAGAGCCAUACAACACAGCGAAAGCAAUUGCUGAGUGGGGUCUUGGUUAUGUCGUAUUGACCUCUGUUGACAGGGAUGAUAUUCCUGAUGGUGGAGCAACACACUUUGCAAAGACAGUAUCACAUCUAAAAGAAAGGAACCCAAAAAUCCUAGUGGAAUGCUUAACCCCUGAUUUCCGAGGAGAUAUGAAAGCCGUGGAGCAAGUUGCACUGUCAGGGUUAGAUGUGUAUGCCCACAAUGUGGAAACUGUUCCAGAAUUGCAAAGAAUGGUUCGGGAUCCUCGGGCCAACUUUGACCAGUCCCUUCGUGUUUUGAAGCAUGCUAAGAAGGUUCAACCUGAUAUAAUUUCUAAAACCUCCAUCAUGCUGGGUCUGGGUGAAACAGAUGAACAAGUAUAUAGAACACUGACACUAUUACGUGAGGCAGAUGUGGACUGUUUAACUUUGGGACAAUACAUGCAACCAACAAAGCGCAGUUUAAAGGUUGAAGAAUAUAUUACUCCUGAGAAGUUUAAAUACUGGGAAAAAGUCGGAAAUUCCCUUGGAUUUCAUUACACUGCCAGUGGGCCUCUUGUCCGCUCUUCAUACAAAGCAGGUGAAUUUUUCUUGAAAAAUUUAGUAGAGAAGAGAAAGACAAGAGUAAUCUGAAAUGUCAACUACCCACAGGAAGACUUCUGCAUUUUAGUGCAUUUCAAAUAGCAGCAACAUAAACAAAGGAAGUGCAUUCAAAUAGCUUUCAGUGACUUAUCAGAACUAAACUUCACCUUGAAGUAUUUGGCUUGACAAGAGAAACAGCUACAGCAUAUUUGGAAAAUGAAGACACCUAAGCUCAUAUUUAAAAUAUUGUUUGUGUAAUAAUAGUGACAAAAUAAAGACCUGCUGGAUAUAGUGAGUGGCUUUCUCACUAAAAUGUUCACACAUAAUUCAAUAUCCUUUAAUUUCACCUUUUUGGUUUGUUUAGCCCUACAAGUCAACAAGAAAACCAUGUUAUAAGACACAACCCAGUCAAAUCAGGCAGUUCUCGAUUCCAGUUAUUUUUGGCAGGAGGGAUGUACAUGCCCAUUGAAGUGAAACUUAAAUAUGCUUAAAUGUGGCUGGAUCAUAAAUCACAUCUUUGAAGGCUUAACUCAUAACUGUGGACCACUAACCACUUGUAGUGAAGAGUCUGAUAUUAUUUAGACACAGGAUUAAGCUGCUCAUAAUACACUCUUAGCUGUGCUGACAAAUCUGCACAGAGCUGGUGUUACCAUCCACGCUUAUUCUGCCUGACUCUCAGGAGCCUCCCUGUUUGCAGUUGCAUCUCCAGGCAUGGAGAUUGCACUUUGGAUAUGCUCAGGAGCUGUACUGUAAUGUGAGCUCUCAGUUUAUAGUACAUAUGGGGACAGAUCACUUAGUUGGCAGUGGGAUAGUCGCCCCUAGAUUUGGCUACAAACAACAAAUUGGAACAUGGAUCUGAAAGGCGGUAUAUAAAUUUAACAAUAAAUAAAUAAAUAAACAAAUAAACAAACUCCUGAGGUCACUCUGAACUCAGAAGUGAACUCUAAGCUGCCCUCAUCCCCUCCCAGGAGAUAGCAACACGCUAACGAACUGAUUAUGCCAAGCAUUCGAUGCUCUCUACAAUCUUCGUGCUCUCCCAUGCUAUACAAUGGAGACUCUAAGGAUCCCAACAAACCAUCUUUGUGCUCCCUUGUUUGCAAUACUUGGGACUCCACUAGGCACUGCUUCUGCCCUCCUGCAUCCUGAAAAGAGUUUGAAAUUACUAUCUGGAUCAGUCUCUAUGCCAAUCCAUCCAGCUUGCCUUGCACCUAUAAGAAGCUGGACCCAUGGAGAAGCCAUUCUCGUGGUCAUCCCUCAUAUUAAUCCCUGCACCCCUUCUGCUUUCCACCAUGCUGAGGAGCGAGAUUCUGCAGCCCAGAAAUCUUGUUGUCUAGAUCAGGUGAAUAUGAGUCUUAGCCCCUCCUUGGGCCCCAAAACUAUCUCUGCUCCCCUUUCUUAAAUCUAACCCCAUCUCUCAGGUCUCUUUCUCUUGCCCACCUAGGAAACUGACACAAUUAGACCUUGAGCUAAAAUGCCUCAUUGCAGUUGGUUUAUUUAGAAACAUACUUUAUUGCUCUUUAAGUUAGAAAGUUAGUUAGUUAAGUUAGUUUAAUUGCUUAGUACAAUUUAUUGCUUUAACCACAAUUCUCUUCCUGUACCCCCACUCUCUCAAAUAAAUUCUUUUUUUAAAUUUUGAAA